AUGUGUGACUUGGUCUACAAUAUUUUCUGGGUUGAUGGAAUAAGUGUCAUACAGAUAUUUAACGAUAGCCGUUUCGAAUUCUCAUCAAGACUUCUAGACGAAUCAACACAACACCAUUCUAUUGAACUAUCUACAUCGGAUGGCAUCCUAUCAAGUAUUUCCUGCACUCUUCCUAUUGAGUUUAUCCAGUCACCCACGCAGGCGGUGACGACAUUCUUCCUAGCUCAGCCUAUUAACCCGUCGUCCACACAGAAGACGACUUCAGUCUUCCCCUCCCAGCCUAACCUGUCAUCAAAACAGAAGACGACUUCGGUCAUCCCCUUCCAGCCUCAUUCGUCACCCACACAGAAGACGACUUCGGUCUUCCCCUUCCAGCCUUAUUCGUCACCCACACAGAAGACGACUUCGGUCUUCCCCUUCCAGCCUUAUUCGUCACCCACACAGAAGACGACUUCGGUCUUUCCCUUCAAGCCUUAUUCGUCACCCACACAGAAGACGACUUCGGUCUUCCCCUUCCAGCCUAAUUCGUCACCCACACAGAAGACUACUUCGGUCUUCCCCUUCCAGCCUUAUUCGUCACCCACACAGAAGACGACUUCGGUCUUCCCCUUCCAGCCUUAUUCGUCACCCACACAGAAGACGACUUCGGUCUUCCCCUUCCAGCCUAAUUCGUCACCCACACAGAAGACGACUUCGGUCUUCCCCUCCCAGCCUAGCCCGUCAUCCACACAGAAGACAACUUCGGUCUUCCCCUCCCAACCUAACCCGUCAUCUAUACACAAGACGACUACGAACUUCUCUACCCAGCCUGAUCCAUCACCAGAUACCUCAUCAGAAGAUCACACAUCUCUUUUACCAAAUACGACAUCACCACCCUUUUGGCAGCCUUCAACCCCAACCAAUGUAGGUUCACAAAUGGAAGAUAGCACAUCGGAGCCGAGCACAACAACACCAGCGUUCACAACCUUCAGCAGAACGGUAACCAUUGGCUGGAAUUCAAAAAGGAGGUUUGUAGUCAAUCCAGAUUUGUUCAAGCCUAGUAUGAUCUCUUCGGCACCACGAACCACAGAGAAAGUAGAAAUCCAAGCGACUUCAUCCAUCAAAAUAGAUAAGAUGAUCAAAGAUGGUGUUCAUGAUAGCAUUCACAGCAAAAUGCUCACCAUUGCACUCGCUGUGAGUAUCUCGGUUGUGGUUCUCACCCCGGUUCUCAUCAUAACAGUUGUCGCGGUGGCAUCAAUUUGGAGACGAGCGUUGAGAUCAAAACGUGGUCGAGCGAACUUGGACACAAUUAAAGACUGUUCAGAUUCCACUGAGGAGAAUUUAUCAACACACGCCAUCCACCUAAACAACGAGUAUGAGAGCGCAAUACCCAUAUCACAAACGUAUAUGUGUACUGAAGUUGAAGCCAGCAGCUUCCUGCCUCUAACAGAUACCUCACCAACUUCACAGGUUUACAAAGAAGUGGGAAACAAUCUGCGAGAGGACACGGAUGCAGACGACUACACCUUUCCUAACGUAAUAGGUAAGGAUACUGAGGGUUACGUUAUCAUGUCAUCCACACAGGCAGCGACGACGUUCUUCUCCACCAAAACUCAACCAUCAUCCACGAACACUGGGACAAUGAUCUUCACAGCUGAGCCUAAGCCUUCACCCACACAGAAGACGACUUCGGUCUUCCCCUUCCAGCCUAAUUCGUCACCCACACAGAAGACGACUUCCAUCUUCUCCUCCCAGCCUAGUCCGUCAUCAAAACAGAAGACGACUUCGGUCUUCCCAACUCGGCCUAAAUCGUCACCCACACAGAACACGAUUUCCAUCUUCUCCUCCCAGCCUAGCCCGUCAUCAAAACAGAAGACGACUUCGGUCUUCCCAACUCGGCCUAAAUCGUCACCCACACAGAACACAAUUUCCGUCUUCCCCGCCGAGCCUAGCCCGUCAUCAAAACAGAAGACGACUUCGGUCUUCCCAACUCGGCCUAAAUCGUCACCCACAAAGAACACGAUUUCCGUCUUCUCCUCCCAGCCUAGCCCGUCAUCAAAACAGAAGACGACUUCGGUCUUCCCAACUCAGCCUAGCCCGUCAUCCAUACAGAACACGAUUUCCGUCUUCUCCUCCCAGCCUAGCCCGUCAUCAAAACAGAAGACGACUUCGGUCUUCCCAACUCAGCCUAGCCCGUCAUCCAUACAGAAGACGACUCCAGAAUUCUCUACCCAGCCUGAUCCAUCACCAGAUACCUCAUCAGAAGAUCACACAUCUCUUUUGCCAAAUACGACACCACCACCCUUUUGGCAGCCUUCAACCCCAACCACUGUAGGGUCACAAAGGGAAGAUAGCACAUCCGAGCCGAGCACAGCAACACCAGCGAUGGUGUAUACCACUAAGGUACAACACGGUAUCACAACCUAUCAAAGUGGUAUGAUCUCUUCGGCACCACGAACCACAGAGAAAGUAGAAAUCCAAGCGACUUCAUCCAUCAAAAUAGAUAAGAUGAUCAAAGAUGGUGUUCAUGAUAGCAUUCACAGCAAAAUGCUCACCAUUGCACUCGCUGUGAGUAUCUCGGUUGUGGUUCUCAUCCCGGUUCUCAUCAUAACAGUUGUCGCGGUGGCAUCAAUUUGGAGACGAGCGUUGAAAUCCCGCCGUGGUCGAACGAACUUGGACACAAUUAAAGACUGUUCAGAUUCCACUGAGGAGAAUUUAUCAACACACGCCAUCCACCUAAACCACGAGUACGAGAGCACCAUAGCACAAACGUCUUUGUGUACUGAAGUUGAAGACAACGCCCUGGCCUAUCCGAGCAGCGUCUUGCCUCUAACAUAUAUUUCACCAACUUCACAGGAUUACGAAGAAGUGGGCACCAAUCUGAAGGAGGACAUGGAUCCAGACGACUACACCUUUCCUAACGUAAGGUAUAGGUCUAUAGGGAAGGAUACUGAGGGUUACGUUAUCAUGGUAUCCAACGUUAAAGAUGAGGAUGCGUACGGUUAUACCCUUCCAAAUGUCACGUUCCACAACGUCAUUCGAACCACAUCUAUAGACAACAAAGAUGAAAAGAGUGGUGAAUAA